AGGCAUCUCGUCAUGCCAAGAUCCGCUGCCCCACUAUCAAGGUACUGCCUCGACCCACGUACACUCAACCUCAGCAUCAGCGGUGUGCUUUCGAACACUCCGGACCUCUACACAUUGAAGUCCACUUUCCCUUCAAUUCGAAUAGCUAACCUCCCCAUUAUCCUCCAUCAUGCAGUCAGGAAUCUCCGCAUCCCAAGAGCUCAAAACCGCUCUCGGAGAGCUCAUAAGCAGCACCACGCAGCGAGGACUUCUCGCCACAAUCACCAAUGAACAAAUAACCCCCAGCGGCACGAUCCCCUCCUCCACCCCCUCCUUCCUCUCCGACCUCAACACCCUCAGCCCUCACAUCCACCCCAACCAAGCCCUGUACAUCCUCCUCCGCCGCGCCGAUGCCCUCACCUCCGCGGACAAAUCCCUCGUCGCGGUAACCUACGUCCCGAACGCCGCUCCUGUCCGCCAAAAAAUGCUCUUCGCCUCCACGCGGCUCACGCUCGUCCGCGAGCUCGGCGGCGAACACUUCCCAGAGAGCGUCUUCACGACCGAAGCCGACGAACUGACCUCCUCAGGCUGGGAGAAGCACGUCAAGCACACGGAGAGCGCGAACCCACUCACCCAGGAGGAGCGCGACCUGCAGAACAUCCGGGAGGCGGAGGCGCUGGAGUCGCGCGGCACGCAGGGCAAGGGGCUGAUCCAGGGCGGGCAGAUUGCGAUUCGUGCGGACGGGGAGAUUUCUGCGGCAUUGAAGGCACUCGGGGAGGGCGGGGAGGAUAACUUGGUGCAGUUGAGGAUGGAUGUGCCGAGUGAGACGUUGAGGUUUGUGGGGUCGGAUACUGCGGACGAGACGACGCUGGCGGGGAAGAUCGAUGCGAGCGAGCCGCGGUAUUCGUUUUAUAGGCAUGGUGGUAAGGAGGGGGCGAUUGUGUUUGUUUCGACGUGUCCGAGUGGCGCGAAGAUUAAGGAGAGGAUGUUGUAUGCGGCGAGUAGGGGGAACGUUAUCACGUUGGCGCAGACGGAGGGCGGGUUGAAGGUUGCGAAGAGGAUUGAGGCGACGAAUCCGGAUGAGGUUACCGCGCAGGUUAUUUUGGAUGAGUUUAAGGUUGAGGCGGUGGAGGAGAAGAAGGGUUUUGCGAAGCCGAAGAGGCCUGGAAGGCGGUAGAGGUUGAGCAUGUUUUGAAAAUGCAUUUGAUAUAUGGUUGUUGUUGUUGUUGUUGUUGUUGUUGUUGUUGUUGUUGUUGUUGUUGUUGUU